AUGGUUCACGUUUUGCUCGGAUACAUAAAAGAGAAGGGUGAAAAAAAUGAACUGCAUAACAAAGAAAAAAUAAAUAAAAAAUUUAUUUCUAAAGUUGGUGGAAAACCUUUUUGGCUAGACAGGGUCAAUGUACAUCCAGAAAAAGAUUUUCAUUGCGUAAUUUGCAACAAUUUAAUGUCCUUUUUGCUACAAAUAUAUGCACCCAUUGAAAAUGUGGGGAACUGCUUUCAUAGAUGCAUAUACCUGUUUAUUUGUUUGCCUUGUGGUAAUCAGAUUAAAUGUUUUAGAACCCAGCUACCUAGAAACAAUCCAUUUUAUAACUACAAUCUUGAAGGUGCGGAGGAGACGAGUUCUUCAGAUGGGGACUUACCCGUGAAGGGCACGUCACCGCAAAAUACAUCUGAACAUAAAUCUGAACCCACUUCUGAGUACACAUCUGGGGAAGACUUAGAACCUAUGAGCCAAACUAAUGAUGAUGACAAAACAACUGAAGGAUAUUCGAUGGAAGGAAACUUAACUCAUUCAAGUGUCCAUCUUCAUUCGGAGAAUUUUUCUACUGAGAUCAAUGUGAUGCUUUGCAAAACCAAAGAGAUGAACAUCCUGAAUCAAUCGAAUGGGGCUACCACCGCAUAUGAAUCGAAUGGGGAUGGCACUCCAUACCAAUCGAAUGGCAUUACCAUCGCUCACGAACCGAAUGACUCAACUGCCGGAGGUUUUCUCGCUCCAGGAAACGGUGCAGAAGAAUGUAACAACCAAAAGAUUGAAUCUAGUAGCACAGAAGAUGCGACAAGACUGCUUGACAAAAUGGUAACGAAAAAGAACGCAAACUACCUGACCCUGUUAAUACAAGAAGAUAAAAAUAAAUUCGACCCCGAGAUGGAAUACUUGUUUUGUUGUAAAUUCUGUGGUAUACCAUGCGAAGACAAAAGUGGAAAGCAUAAGAAAUGCAUACAAAAAAAACAUGCCAUAUUUCAAGAGAAAAAAAUAUAUAUAAGUGACGAAGAGGACUGUGAGGAAAGCAGUGUCGGUUCGAGAAGCUCAUCUGAUGAGGACAUAGAAAACAGGGAAAACCACGAGUCGUGUGAUACUAUGGGAGAAAAACAUACAAUUGAGAUAAAGUUAAAUCAUAAUAAAGAGAAUGUUAGGGAUGAGGUUGUUGGAGAUGUAAAAGAAGAUGAGCUAGACGACAGUGAAAUGAAAGCAUUCGAAGAAAUUCAAAAGGAUGUGCUGUCGAUCAGAAAAAUUGACAAAAUAUUUUUAAGAUAUUUGACAAAAAUACAGAGAUUUCCUAAUCAGUUUAUUCGGUAUUCAUACAAGGGGCAAGUGUUGCUCUCAUCAAACAUAAUUCAAAAUUGCAACAGGAAUAAUAUAUAUGAACGGGAUAAUGAUUGUAAUUCUGAUGAUGGGCAAAGAAAAACCAGCUCCUCUUCUAACGUCUCAUCCAUUACCAACACCCCUAUUGAAUGCUGUAAAGGAACAUUACCUCCACACUGUCACAUAUGCAAAAAAGCAAAAGUUUUCGAAUUCCAAGUAUUGUCAACUGUUAUUAAUUUCUUAAGAAUAAAAAAAAAUUUACACGCAGAUCAAAAUCUCAUUUCGAAUUUGAAAUUUUCAUACAUUGCUGUGUAUACUUGUGAAAACAAUUGCGACAUGUACGAUAUAAAUAAUGUUCGCGAGAGACAAAUGAGGGGAGUGACCACGAGUAGGUACAUCCAGGAGUAUGCAUCUGUGCAGGCCGAGUAA